AAGUCCACAACCAGUCGAAUAGCUAUAUUUUCACGCGCAAGUCAAGUAGAAUCACUAAUUUUGUCGGCGUUCACCAAUUCAUUCUUUUAUAGAUAAAUAACUUCACGCAGCAGCUUCUCUUCACAAAUAUGGAAUACAAUAAUUCAAACACUGAGAAACCGAAAAAUAAUCCACCAGGAUACUAUGAAAACCCUGGAUUCUCAGCUACAACUUCUGAACAACAAACACAACCUGGAUAUCCACCACAACCUGGAUAUACCCCAGGAUAUGGUUACCCUUCACUUCUUCCAGUGCAACAACAACCACAACAAGAACAACAACAAACUGUUAUUCAAUUAAACCAAGAAAAACAAUACGUUCCUAAUAACAUGCUUACAGCAAUUCUUGUCACCCUGUUCUGCUUCCUCCCGACUGGCAUUGUGGCGAUAGUAUAUGCAGAUAAAGCAAACACAUUGGUCCGAAAUGGAGAUAUAGCAUGUGCACUGGAAGCUAACAAUCAAGCAAAAACAUUUAUCAAAGUAUCAAUUAUUGUUGGUAUUGUUGGGAUUGUCCUUUAUACUACACUGGUAAUUUUAAGAAUUACUCAAACUACAGUAAUUUACUACUAAAUAGUAGUCUUGUCCAUAACUGAAAGAAGGCAUUAGAAAAUUCAGAAGAUUCAUACUUAAUGAAGUGUUUUCAUUUUUUCUUUUAGUUCAUGUUUAAGUCUAAUCAUAUAAAAUACUCUUAGAAUUAUUGUUUAAAUAUAUCAAGAACUCUAAUCAACAUGCAUUUCAUAACACUGGUCAAUACAUAUUUUCUGGCACAAGGUUUAUCAAUGAUUUUUAACAAAUUUUGGGGUGCUGAAUCCAAAUCUGGCAUCAUAUUUUGUCUAAAUAUCAGAUUUUUGAAACAUGAAAUCUUAGUUUUGCUAGAAACAGCUAUUCAAUGCUUAUAAUGGAAGAAUUAAACUCACGUAAAUGUAAUUUCUAAUAUACAAUAUGUCCUUUUUCAAAUCUAAUUAAUCAAAACACAAAGUUGUAGGAGUAAAUACACGUUAGUAUGUAAACAUUAAGCUUCGUUAUAACAAAAUAUGAAACAAAAUUUCUAUUCAUUGUGGUCAUUCAUUCUGAUCAUCUUGCAAGAACUUCCUCUUUUUUGCCGAUCUUUUGUGCACAGCUUCUGGAAUAUCUCUUAGCAAGCUCCAGCAAUAACCUGCCACCAUGUUUAAGUCCCAUCAGCCUUGAUAGCAUUCUUCCAUUACUUUUACAUCUUGAUGAAAGUGUCCACCUUGUUCUUCGCUAACAUCACCUUGGUUCUUUGGCAACUCACCGAAGUGAUUAUGUGAGUAGUGCAAUUUAAUGCUCAUUCUACAUCCAAGUGCUUGCAAACUCAAGACCAGCUCCUCCACAAUCUCUUGAUAGUUGUCAGCUUUCCUGUUCCCAAGGAAAUUCCGCACCGUAUCAGAGAAGGCAUUCCAAGCUCUAGUCUCCGCCGCAUUCAUUGUUAUAACAAAAUGUCGAUCCCUGAGGAGUGUUUUUAUUUGAGGUCCAUCAAAUAUUCCUGCCUUUUUCUCGUCACUGAGACUUGGAAAGCUUGUACAUAUGUGUUUGAAGCAAUCUCCACUGCGAUUAAGAGCUUUUAUGGACUGCUUCAUCACACCAAAUUUCAACACAGAUUUUGCAAACUUUGUGGAGGAGACCAGGUUUUGUCCUGAUCUCCAAGUGCUACUUUACUGUUAGUAUGAUACAUCUUCUUGGCAAAGUUAUUAAUGUUGUGCCUUUGAGCCGGUGGAGUGUAGUUUCCACAGGCGUAACAGAAGACAUCGGGUUCAUUAGAGCACGUCCUUCUUUUUGAUGCUGUAGCCAUAAAUAGAUCACAGUGGUUCAGUUCAAGCCUGAAAAGAAGAACAAGAGUUUUAAAGCAAAACUCAGCUUGAACACACUCAAAAUUAACAUGACAAUUCAGACAAAAUUCUCGCAAAUAGUGGUGUAAAAUUAACUUUUGGUACGCUCCAGGUAAAUAAAGGUAUAUACCUAUAGCACAAAAAUAUGAUGUGAUAGAGCAAAUCUAAGGCCAGUUUUGGAAUCAGUACCUAAAACUUAGUCUAAAACAGCUCUAAAAUUUUAUGUCCGUUAUUUUGUUGACCAGUGUAAUAAAUGAUAUAAUUUUAGAUAUUGAAUAGUGAUAUGUAUUCUGUUCGGUGAACUCUACGUCGUCUGCUUAAUGGCUACAACCAAUAAAAGAGUAAAGCCACGAGUCUUUACAGAUUAUCCUGAACCAUUUGUGCCAUUCCUUUUGUUCAAAUUAAUCAUCCACUAAAGCAUUAGGUGAUGUUCUACACGUUUUACUUGAAUAUUCUUUAUCGCAUUCUCAGAAAGAAUUAAAUUUUAAAAUCACUUUUAAACACAAUUGUUAAGCAAAACAUAUUUUUAAAAUGUUUCCUUGUUUCCCGAUACGUUGCCUUAAAUUUGACUAUGAACUAGACACUAAUUACACACACAUUUACAAAACCAGUUACACAAAUACAUUCACAAUUCUCUCUAUACAUGUCGACGCAAGAUCUUAGAUAAUAAUACUUUUUACUAUAGGCACAGUGCCAAAAAAUUUAAGGGAGGGAAAUAAUCGAUUACAUCGGCCCCAUUGCUCUAAUGGUACUUAGUUCAUCGACCUUAAGGGAUAAAAGGCUUAGUUGACCCCAGUGGAGUAUGAAGUCAGAACAUAAUGACAGACACGAUUGGGUUUGAUAUUUCUUUUGAUAUUGUCACAGAAUAAGACGUAGAGUUCACGACAAACCUUAAAAUAAUUAUAUAAUAAUGAUUCUAUUUUCAAUUUAUGUAUUAAACUUUAGCAUAUGUUAUUAGUUUUAAAACGACAUCUCAAAGUAUUUACCCUUAUAGAGAUGAUUCUACAUUCUAACUAAUACAUUUUAUAAGCGAAUGAUAACAUUUUAACAUUUGUAAACGCACAAUAAAUCACCUUCUACAUUAUAUGUGAUCAACAUUCAAUGAAAUAAAGCAUUAAACUCUUCAUCAAAAAUUA